AUGCCUAGUCCAUCACAAGAACUGGAAAAUGCCGAAUAUCGCCCUGCAGCCUCAGGAGAUCUACGAUCUCCCUGCCCCACCCUCAAUUCCCUUGCGAACCACGGAUUAAUUCACCGCGACGGUCGUAAUAUCACGGCCGACCAGCUUAAAGAUGCUCUCCAACUCAUCGGCGUUGGUGUCGAUAUCCGACAUACCCUAGUGAAGAGAGCAUUUACUGUUCAUAAUGAGACUUCUCAUACCGGCCUUCGGAACCCGGGACAGGUGAAUGAGUCGGGAAUACCUGUGAUAGAUCUGGAUCAGACAGGUCGCCCUCAUGCUGUGGAACAUGACGUGUCUCUCUCCCGAGAAGACCGCGCUCUAGGCGACUGCGUUAAACCAGACCCGGACUUGGUUGACAGAUUGGUUCAGUAUCCAGGCAACAAAGAAUCGUUCGCUAUCUCCGACCUCGGUCGAUUUCGUAAGCGGCGAUAUGCAGAGCAAAAGGCAAAGAAUUCUGAACUGAAUUUCGACUCCUCAAAACACAAGGUGGCUUGUGGUGAAGCUGCUAUUUUCCAGUCUAUUUUUGCGUCCGAAGCGGAUGACCGCUGCUAUUUUCGGCACAUCCGACGUUUGAACGCCGAUGCUCGAGAGGCUUGUGAACUGCGCACAGGCAUUUUAAUCCAUCCAACGGCCGAAGGGAGUAUAUCCUCUUUGAAAGAGGAGCCAGCCAGCGCAUUUGUUCUAACCAGCGAAGCAGAGGCCAGGUUCCUUGUCAUGGCCAGCUUCGAUUCGAAGGUCAUCGAUGUCCCACAGAUGGAGCAAGUGCUCAAACAAUUUGAUCGGCUGGUACAGCAAAUCCUCGAGGAUCCAACUCAACGAAUCCAGCACAUAUACGAUUCCACCAUUGAGAUGGAUCUCACAGAACAAUUCCAUCUGGCCAGGAUUGGUCCGGUGAGCCUCCCUGCAGAGGAGGUUUACUCGUCUGUCAAAUCUACUUGGAUUGUUAACCCAAACGACCAAGAGUGUCUUGUGCCACCUGGAGGGCUAGCAAAAUAUACCAAUGACGGCUCCGUUAUUAUUAUCCGCGCAAAGGACGCGCAGAUCGGUCAACUCAAACUGCGAAACAAAACCCUCAAUGGUUGUGCAGCCAUCACAACAGUCACACAGCAAAAACUCCAACGGGUCUGGAGUCAGGUCUUGGAUAUUCCUUGCGAAGAUAUCCUUUUGGACGAUAGCUUCUUUGAUUUGGGAGGCGACUCCAUUCGUGCUAUAAAGUUGGUCUCGGAGGCUCGUAUGGGUGGCCUUCAGCUAACUGUGACCACAAUCUUCGACCACCGGUCUCUGUUUGACAUGGCCGAACACGCAGUGGAAGCUCGGCCAUCAGUCGUUAUAUCUCAAGAGUACACACCAUUCAGCUUACUCGAUGUGACCGAUGUAGAUGCGUUCAUCAGCAAGAUGACCCCAUUGCUUGCUUGGCCAGGAUGGAAGAUCGUGGAUGCCUAUCCAAGUCGCCCACUCCAGGGGAUUGCAGUCCUGGGAACUGUCCAGCUACCUCGGUAUUCUAUGCGAUACGAACUUUUCUACAUGGAUACCGUGUUGGAUCGCAAUCAACUUUUCCAAAGUUGCCAGGAAAUUGUCUCUCGGAAUGAGAUUCUUCGAACUGUGUUCGUGGAGCAUGAGGGCAUCUCAUUGGGAGUGGUUGUCGAUGACCUUCCCUGCCGAAUAAUUGAAUAUGAGAUUGAAAGGGAUGUGGAAGCGUUCAGCCAGAAACUCUAUGAUGUGAAUGUUCAGUCACGCAUUCCUCUCGGAUCACCAUUUUUGAAAUUCUUCUUCGUUCGGCAUGUUGACGGGCCCAGCAGCCUGAUCAUGCGCAUCUCCCAUGCCCAAUACUAUGAGAUCAGUCUUCCAAUUUUGCUACAGCAGCUGUCGGCAUUCCAGCAUUCCGUACUAAUUACAGUCGCGACUCUCCCUACAGCGGCUUGCGCGCUGUGCCUUGCGCGACGCCUCUCCCUCGAUGAUGUCAUUUUUGGCGAGGUGGUGAGUGGCCGCAAUAUUGGCCUCCCCAACGCUGAUGCGAUUGUUGGGCCAUUGUGGCACGACAACAUGUUGAAAGCGCGCAGUUCGAAGGGAUCGGUCUUAAGGAAAUUAUCUAUCAAGGACUGCACCGACUGGCCAGAGACUGUUGACUGGUUUGACUCGGUCGUGCACCAGGACGUUGAGCACGUUGAGGGUCUGUCUUUCAUGGCGGCCAGUAGUCUUAUGCAGACCAUCUACCUACAUUUUGAACCAUUACGGGAGAUCAAAGUGCAGGCAUUCCCAAUGGGGGACAUUCUAUGCAUCGAGGUUGUCACUGUCGAGUCGUGGUCGGACUUUGCUGUGUCUUUGCUAGAUGAAAAGGUCGACACUAUUGGGCAGUUGGUGAAUCACGUCCAUUCCAGGAUUUUGUAG